UGAGAUACAAGCUGUCAGAAGAGCAAGAAGUCAAAAGACAAAAGACACCAAAGGCCAGCCAAAGAGAGAGAUGAGAACCUUUCAGAGCCAAAGUCAGCGCGGAGCCUUCAGCACCCUGCACAGCCUCAGCAGCAGCGCCAUGAGUCCACUCAGCACGGCCAGCAUCACCUUCGCAGCCCUCCUCAUCUUCACCAUACCAGUCUGCCAAAGUGCUCCAGCAGAUCUUCAGCAGGCAACAGCAGAUCAGGGGCAGCUACUCAGAGAGAUUGAUGCCAUAUGCUCAUCCUACCUCUCUGAAGACCUGAGGUUUUUGGCAUCUGAUGUCUUAGGAGAACUCUGUGUCUUGAUGCUGGUUCAGAAAUCAAAGGAGCUGAAUGUGAGAGAAAAUAGCAAAAGGUUUUUGUUUCAUUACUCUAGACCACAAGGUUCUGUCUUGUCAAAGGGAGGGGCCGACCUCCAGGGACCUGGAGGAAUCCAGAGCAGAGGCUACUUUCUCUAUCGGCCACGGAAUGGGAGAAGAUCCUUAGAGUAUGAAUGAACUAAAGAGUCUCCACCUCUGAAGCUUAGUGUACAGAGACAAAACAGACCCUGAGACCCAGGCUGCUGCACCGCCACUGAGUGAUCCAGACAUCAAACACAUCCCUCUGCCUCUGCUUUAUAGUGAUGUUUGAAUGUAGACAAUGGAUAUUAAUUAAAACACUAUUAAUUUAUCCAUAUUUUUUUUGUGUUAUUAAAACUGCUAUCUGUGGCUGGGUGUAGUUGUGUAAUUUUGUUUCAGUGUGAUUAGUCCUAUUUCAGUACAUUUGAAAACAGUGUAAAAUAGAGUGAAGGAGUGAAUCAGUGAAUUAAGCUUUUACAUAAAAUAGUAAGAGUAAUUUAAACAUUUGUUUGAUGUACAGUUGUAUAAUGUGUAAUUUUACUAAUAAUAAAGUUACAGAUGGUAAAGUAAGUUCCUCCUACUGCAGAAGCCUCAGGUGUUGAGGCUCUGAUAAUAAACCAGCACUCUAUCUGCUUGGUUAUCUGGGGGGUUGGCUGGGAUAUUUUCUUUGUUGUUCUCCACCUUUUGUGGUGAUUUUUCAUGUGUGUGACAUCAGACAAUUUAUUAAGUACAUCUGGAACUCCACCACCAGCCUGAACCACUGAUAACAACGCAGGUUGGAACCAUGCUUUCAUGUUAUUUACACCAAAUUCUGACUCUACUCUCUAGAUGUUCAGCAGAAAUCAAGACUCAUCAGACCAGACAAUGGCUUUCCAAUUUUUAUUGUCCAGUUUUUGGCCACCUGUGUGAUUGUAGAUGACAGCAGGUGUGGUCAUCUGCCGAUAUCAUAUGCUUCAAUAUUCAACACGUGCAUUAAGAGAUCUUCUUCUGCAUUCCUUGGUUGGAAUGAGUAGCCAUUUGACUUAGUAUUGCCUUCCUAUCAUCUGAAGGCGGUCUGGUCAUUCUCCUCUAAUCUCUGACAUCAACAAGGCAUUUCAACCCAGAGAGUUGCUGAUCAUUGGAUAUUUUCUCUUUUACAGAUAAUCCUUGGUUUACAGAGGAAGGUGUGGUUAAAAUCCCAGUGGAUCAGCUGUUUAUGAAAUACUCAUUCCAGCCCAUUUGGAAAUAAUAACCGUGCCACAUUUAAAGUAACCUGAAUUCCCCGUUAUUCCCAUUCUGAUGCACAACAUAAACAAAUAACACGACCAUGUCUACGUUCCUAAAUACAUUGAGUUGCAAUUGACUGAUUAGAUAUUUGGAUAUAAGAUAUUAGAUAAUUACUGGCAGGAUUUUAUUCAAUUACUUAUUUGGUCAAUUAAAAGUGCAAAUUACCAACCACGGAACACGAAUGUGUAAUUACUAUUAUCAACAGUAGAUGUCGCUAUCAUCAGCCAGUUAAAGCCUCUUUCUUUGUAUUCUGUUUUCGAUGCUGGUGUGUCGCUUUAAAGAGGAAGGAAAUGUAUAUAAU